AUGACCUUCGGGCGCAGCGGGGCGGCCUCGGUGGUGCUGAACGUGGGCGGCGCCCGGUACUCGCUGUCCCGGGAGCUGCUGAAGGACUUCCCUCUGCGGCGCGUGAGCCGGCUGCACGGCUGCCGCUCGGAGCGCGACGUGCUGGAGGUGUGCGACGACUAUGACCACGAGCGCAACGAGUACUUCUUCGACCGGCACUCGGAGGCCUUCGGCUUCAUCCUUCUCUACGUCCGCGGCCACGGCAAGCUGCGCUUCGCGCCGCGGAUGUGCGAGCUCUCCUUCUACAAUGAGAUGAUCUAUUGGGGCCUGGAGGGCGCGCACCUAGAGUACUGCUGCCAGCGCCGCCUCGACGACCGCAUGUCCGAUACCUACACCUUCUACACCGCCGAAGAGCCGGGCGCGCUGGGCCGGGACGAGGCGCGACCCGGCGGUGCCGAGGCCGCCCCUUCCCGGCGCUGGCUGGAGCGCAUGCGGCGGACCUUCGAGGAGCCCACGUCGUCGCUGGCCGCGCAGAUCCUGGCCAGCGUGUCGGUGGUGUUCGUGAUCGUGUCUAUGGUGGUGCUGUGCGCCAGCACACUGCCCGAUUGGCGCGCCGCGGCGGCCGACAACCGCAGCCUGGAUGACCGGAGCAGGUACUCCGCCGGCCCUGGGAGGGAGCCCUCCGGGAUAAUUGAAGCUAUCUGCAUAGGUUGGUUCACUGCGGAGUGCAUCGUGAGGUUCAUCGUCUCCAAAAACAAGUGUGAGUUUGUCAAGAGACCCCUGAACAUCAUUGAUUUACUGGCAAUCACACCGUAUUACAUCUCCGUGUUAAUGACUGUGUUUACAGGCGAGAACUCUCAACUCCAGAGGGCUGGAGUCACCUUGCGGGUGCUUAGAAUGAUGAGGAUUUUUUGGGUGAUUAAGCUGGCCCGUCACUUCAUUGGUCUGCAGACACUUGGUUUGACUCUCAAACGAUGCUACCGAGAGAUGGUUAUGUUACUUGUCUUCAUUUGUGUUGCCAUGGCAAUCUUUAGUGCACUUUCUCAGCUUCUUGAACAUGGGUUGGACCUGGAAACAUCCAACAAGGACUUCGCCAGCAUCCCCGCUGCCUGCUGGUGGGUGAUUAUCUCUAUGACUACAGUUGGCUAUGGAGAUAUGUAUCCUAUCACAGUGCCUGGAAGAAUUCUUGGAGGAGUUUGUGUUGUCAGUGGGAUUGUGCUAUUGGCGUUACCUAUCACUUUUAUCUACCAUAGCUUCGUGCAGUGUUAUCAUGAGCUCAAGUUUAGAUCAGCUAGAUACAGUAGGAGCCUCUCCGCUGAGUUCCUAAAUUAAUGUAUUGCAAAGCAAUUCUUGCAUACACUUCAUUUGAUCCAGUUGACGCUACUUCAUAUUUAUGCGUUUCUUGCUGGGUGAGCACUGCAGUUGUAUUGUCAUCACCUUGGGAGAGUAAAAAUUGUCCUUCCCAGCUGAAGGGGUAAAAUAAUUUACUUAUUAUGGAGUAAAGAAGAUUGAGACUGCAAAGGAAAGGGAAUGUCUCCUAGAAUAAAUUUUAGGAUCUUAUUUUAUUUAGACUUGCCUCUUCCCUGCCUUGAACAAUUACACUUUUUGUGUUUGUUUUAAAGUAUAUUAUUUGAACACUUUAAAACUGAAAGCUACUAUUUUCCAAAUGUUUUUCCAUCUUGUGAAUACAGAAGAAGCUUGGAAGUUACAGUGUUUUUUGUUGGAGAGUAACAUUUUCAUUUCUAAAUGUUUUAUAAUCUCUUAUAUCAAUGUCAGAAGUAUCCUGGAAACAUAUGUCAGAUGCAGGGACUGUUUAACAAAUACUUUGAAAAUUUGGCCAAAUUUUAAAGUGUAGAGUGGAGCUAGUAGAUACAAGCAAGAAUAGUAUUUGAAAAACUUCUCCGGCAUAUUUCUCAAUUAUCUGAUUUAUUUUUGUCCUUAUUCUCCUUAUCAUACCAUAAUAUAAUAUGGAAGCUUGAGUAUGUUCUUCCUUUUCCAUUUUAGAUUUCUUUUUUCUCUGUCUUGAAAUGACUUAGAAGAGUGUUAUAUUGUUUAGCAUUUUAUUGGAGUUCGUUUUAUUUGAAUUCAUUGCUGUUACUAGAUGUUAAUUGUCCUGACAUUCAGAUGUCCAAAUAAGAUUUCCAACAUUAAAAUGAUAAUAGAAAUAGUUUGAUAUUGCAACCCAUAUUUAUCUUCUUCUGCUCUUAAUUUUUUUUUUUUUUUUAACUAAACACCAUGUGUUUAAUAAGACUUAAAAUGAAAGGAUAUUUAUGUAACCAUUUU